UUGGAGGGGCGGGCGCUGGCAAGGCUGUGAGUCUCUGUGGGUCGCUGGAGGGAGCAGCUCGGCUUGGUUGCCUUGGUCUCUGUGGGCAGCAUCGCCUCGGAAGGGAGAAGAGGAGAGAGGAGGUGGCGGCAGGAGAGAGCAGGGAGGCGUGUGCGCCGAGCCGCGCUCCAUCCCCAGAGCUCGCUCCUUCCUCAGCGGCUCCUGCCUGGCAGUGCCCGGGCUCCCACGCCAGCAUGGCCCUGCUCGUCCACCUCAAGACGGUCUCGGAGCUGCGGGGCAGGGGUGACCGGAUCGCCAAAGUGACUUUCCGAGGGCAAUCCUUCUACUCCCGGGUCCUGGAGAACUGUGAGCACGUGGCCAACUUCGACGAGACUUUCCGGUGGCCAGUGGCCAGCAGCAUUGACAGCAAUGAGAUGCUCGAGAUUCAGAUCUUCAACUACAGCAAAGUCUUCAGCAACAAGCUGAUCGGGACCUUCCGCAUGGUGCUGCAGAAGGUGGUGGAGGAGAAGCACGUGGAGGUGACCGACACGCUGAUCGAUGACAACAACGCCAUCAUCCAGACCAGCCUGUGCGUGGAGGUCCGGUACCAGGCUGCAGAUGGCACGGUGGGCUCCUGGGAUGAUGGCGACUUCCUGGGGGAUGAGUCCCUUCACGAGGAAGAGAAGGACAGCCAGGAGACAGAUGGGCUGCUCCCCGGCUCCCGCCCCAGCUCCCGGCCACCAGGCGAGAAGAGCUUCCGGAGAGCCGGGAGGAGCGUGUUCUCCGCCAUGAAGCUCGGCAAGAACCGGCCUCACAAGGAGGAGCCCCAAAGACCAGAUGAACCAGCAGUGUUGGAGAUGGAAGACCUUGACCGCCUGGCUAUUCGACUGGGGGAUGGGCUGGAUCCUGACUCUGUGUCUCUUGCUUCCGUCACCGCGCUCACCACCAAUGUCUCCAACAAGCGGUCCAAACCAGACAUUAAGAUGGAGCCAAGUGCUGGGAGGCCCAUGGAUUACCAGGUCAGCAUCACAGUGAUCGAGGCGCGGCAGCUGGUGGGCUUGAACAUGGACCCCGUGGUGUGUGUGGAGGUGGGCGACGACAAGAAGUACACGUCCAUGAAGGAGUCCACGAACUGCCCCUACUACAACGAGUACUUCGUCUUCGACUUCCACGUCUCUCCUGAUGUCAUGUUCGACAAGAUCAUCAAGAUCUCGGUCAUUCACUCCAAGAACCUGCUGCGCAGCGGCACCCUCGUGGGCUCCUUCAAAAUGGACGUGGGGACCGUGUACUCGCAGCCAGAGCACCAGUUCCACCACAAGUGGGCCAUCCUGUCGGACCCCGACGACAUCUCUGCGGGGCUGAAGGGCUACGUGAAGUGUGACGUCGCCGUGGUGGGCAAGGGGGACAACAUCAAGACGCCCCACAAGGCCAACGAGACGGAUGAGGAUGACAUCGAGGGGAACUUGCUGCUCCCCGAGGGGGUGCCGCCGGAACGCCAGUGGGCCCGGUUCUAUGUGAAAAUCUACCGAGCAGAGGGGCUGCCCCGCAUGAACACCAGCCUGAUGGCCAACGUGAAGAAGGCGUUCAUCGGUGAGAACAAGGACCUGGUCGACCCCUACGUGCAAGUCUUCUUUGCCGGCCAGAAGGGCAAGACGUCGGUGCAGAAAAGCAGCUAUGAGCCACUGUGGAAUGAGCAGGUGGUCUUUACAGACCUGUUCCCCCCGCUCUGCAAGCGCUUGAAGGUACAGAUCCGGGACUCAGACAAGGUCAACGACGUGGCCAUCGGCACCCACUUCAUUGACCUGCGCAAGAUUUCCAACGAUGGAGACAAAGGCUUCCUGCCCACGCUGGGCCCCGCCUGGGUGAACAUGUACGGCUCCACACGCAACUACACGCUGCUGGACGAGCACCAGGACCUGAACGAGGGCCUGGGCGAAGGCGUGUCCUUCCGCGCCCGCCUCAUGCUGGGCCUGGCUGUGGAGAUCCUGGACACCUCCAACCCCGAGCUCACCAGCUCCACGGAGGUGCAGCUGGAGCAGACUACUCCUGUCUCCGAGAGCUGCACGGGGAAAACGGAAGAAUUCUUUCUGUUCGGAGCCUUCCUGGAAGCCUCAAUGAUUGACCGGAAAAACGGAGACAAGCCCAUCACCUUUGAGGUCACCAUAGGCAACUAUGGCAACGAAGUCGACGGCCUAUCACGACCCCAGCGGCCUAAGCCCCGGAAGGAACCCGGGGACGAGGAGGAAGUCGAUCUGAUCCAGAACUCGAGUGACGACGAGCCGGACGAGGGCGGGGACCUGGCCUCAGUCUCCUCCACCCCGCCCAUGCGGCCCCAGAUCACCGACAGGAACUACUUCCAUCUGCCCUACCUGGAGCGCAAGCCCUGCAUCUACAUCAAGAGCUGGUGGCCGGACCAGCGCCGCCGUCUCUACAACGCCAACAUCAUGGACCACAUCGCAGACAAGCUGGAAGAAGGCCUGAAUGAUGUGCAGGAGAUGAUCAAAACGGAGAAGUCCUACCCGGAGCGACGACUGCGGGGCGUCCUGGAGGAGCUGAGCUGUGGCUGCUACCGCUUCCUCUCCCUCGCGGACAAGGACCAGGGCCACUCGUCCCGCACCAGGCUAGACCGGGAGCGCCUCAAGUCCUGCAUGCGGGAGCUGGAGAGCAUGGGGCAGCAGGCAAAGACCCUGCGGGCACAGGUGAAGCGGCACACGCUGCGGGACAAGCUGAGGCUGUGCCAGAACUUCCUACAGAAGCUGCGCUUCCUAGCAGACGAGCCCCAGCACAGCAUCCCCGAUGUCUUCAUCUGGAUGAUGAGCAACAACAAGCGCAUCGCCUACGCCCGGGUGCCCUCCAAGGACCUGCUCUUCUCCGUCGUGGAGGAGGAGCUGGGCAAGGACUGCGCCAAGGUCAAGACGCUCUUCCUCAAGCUGCCUGGGAAACGGGGCUUUGGCUCGGCGGGCUGGACGGUGCAGGCCAAGCUGGAGCUCUACCUGUGGCUGGGCCUCAGCAAGCAGCGCAAGGACUUCCUGUGCGGUCUGCCCUGCGGCUUCGAGGAGGUCAAGGCGGCCCAGGGCCUCGGCCUGCCCUCCUUCCCCCCCAUCAGCCUGGUCUACACCAAGAAGCAGGCCUUCCAGCUCCGCGCCCACAUGUACCAGGCUCGCAGCCUCUUUGCCGCCGACAGCAGCGGCCUCUCGGACCCCUUUGCCCGUGUUUUCUUCAUCAACCAGAGUCAGUGCACAGAGGUGCUGAAUGAGACCCUGUGCCCCACCUGGGACCAGAUGCUGGUGUUCGACAACCUGGAGCUCUAUGGCGAAGCCCACGAGUUGCGGGACGAUCCCCCCAUCAUUGUCAUCGAGAUCUACGACCAGGACACCAUGGGCAAAGCCGACUUCAUGGGCCGGACCUUCGCCAAGCCCCUGGUGAAGAUGGCAGACGAGGCGUACUGUCCGCCCCGAUUCCCGCCCCAGCUCGAGUACUACCAGAUCUACCGCGGCAACGCCACGGCUGGGGACCUGCUGGCUGCUUUUGAGCUGCUGCAGAUUGGGCCAGCAGGGAAGGCCGACCUGCCGCCCAUCAAUGGCCCGGUGGACAUGGACCGAGGUCCCAUCAUGCCUGUGCCCGUGGGUAUCCGGCCUGUGCUCAGCAAGUACCGGAUCGAGGUGCUGUUCUGGGGCCUGCGGGACCUGAAGCGGGUGAACCUGGCCCAGGUGGACCGGCCGCGAGUGGACAUCGAGUGUGCAGGGAAGGGGGUGCAGUCGUCCCUGAUCCAUAAUUAUAAGAAGAACCCCAACUUCAACACCCUCGUCAAGUGGUUUGAAGUGGACCUCCCCGAGAACGAGCUCCUGCACCCGCCCUUGAACAUCCGCGUGGUGGACUGCCGGGCCUUCGGCCGCUACACCCUGGUCGGCUCCCACGCCGUCAGCUCCCUGCGGCGCUUCAUCUACCGGCCCCCCGACCGCUCGGCCCCCAACUGGAACACCUCGGGGGAGGUCGUGGUGAACAUGGAGCCAGAGGUGCCCGUCAAGAAGCUGGAGACCAUGGUGCAGCUGGACGCGACUUCCGCCGCCGUCGUCAAGGUGGAUGUGGCUGACGAGGAGAAGGAAAAGAAGAAGAAGAAAAAGGGCAGCUCCGAAGAGCCAGAGGAGGAGGAGCCGGAUGAGAGCAUGCUGGACUGGUGGUCCAAGUACUUCGCCUCCAUCGAUACCAUGAAGGAGCAACUUCGACAGAGAGAGGCCUCAGGAAUUGACUUGGAGGAGAAGGAGGAGAUGGACAACACUGAGGCCCUGAAGGGGCCCAUGAAGGGCAAGGAGAAGGCAAGGGCUGCAAAGGAGGAGAAGAAGAAGAGAACCCAGAUCCCGGGCCCCAGCCAGGCGUCUGAGGUCCCCGAGAAGAAGAAGCCGAAGAUUGAUGAGCUCAAGGUGUACCCCAAGGAGCUGGAGGCAGAGUUUGACAACUUUGAGGAUUGGCUGCACACUUUCAACCUGCUGCGGGGCAAGACGGGGGAUGACGAGGACGGCUCGACCGAGGAGGAGCGCAUCGUGGGCCGGUUCAAGGGCUCCCUCUGCGUGUACAAAGUCCCCCUCCCAGAGGACGUGUCCCGCGAAGCCGGCUACGACCCCACCUAUGGCAUGUUCCAGGGCAUCCCCAGCAAUGACCCCAUCAACGUGCUGGUCCGGGUCUAUGUGGUCCGGGCCACAGACCUGCACCCCGCCGACAUCAAUGGCAAAGCUGACCCCUACAUCGCCAUCCGGCUGGGCAAGACUGACAUCCGGGACAAGGAGAACUACAUCUCCAAGCAGCUCAACCCCGUCUUUGGGAAGUCCUUUGACAUCGAGGCUUCCUUCCCCAUGGAGUCCAUGCUGACGGUGGCCGUGUAUGACUGGGAUCUCGUAGGCACGGACGACCUCAUUGGGGAAACCAAGAUCGACCUGGAGAACCGCUUCUACAGCAAGCACCGCGCCACCUGCGGCAUCGCCCAGACCUACUCCAUACAUGGCUACAAUAUCUGGAGGGACCCCGUGAAGCCCAGCCAGAUCCUGACCCGCCUCUGCAAGGAGGGCAAAGUGGACGGCCCCCACUUCGGGCCCCCCGGGAGAGUGAAGGUGUCUAACCGCGUCUUCACUGGGCCCUCGGAGAUCGAGGAUGAGAAUGGUCAGAGGAAGCCCACGGAAGAGCACGUAGCGCUGUUGGCCUUGAGGCACUGGGAGGACAUUCCCCGCGUGGGCUGCCGCCUGGUCCCCGAACACGUGGAGACGCGGCCGCUGCUCAACCCUGACAAGCCGGGCAUCGAGCAGGGCCGCCUGGAGCUGUGGGUGGAUAUGUUUCCCAUGGACAUGCCGGCCCCCGGGACGCCUCUGGACAUCUCCCCCCGGAAGCCCAAGAAGUACGAGCUGCGGGUCAUCGUGUGGAACACGGAUGAGGUGGUCCUGGAAGACGACGACUUCUUCACCGGGGAGAAGUCCAGCGACAUUUUUGUGCGGGGGUGGCUGAAGGGCCAGCAGGAGGACAAGCAGGACACGGACGUCCACUACCACUCCCUGACGGGCGAGGGCAACUUCAACUGGCGCUACCUGUUCCCCUUCGACUACCUGGCUGCCGAGGAAAAGAUCGUCAUCUCCAGGAAGGAGUCCAUGUUCUCCUGGGACGAGACCCAGUACAAGAUCCCCGCGCGGCUCACCCUGCAGAUCUGGGACGCCGACCACUUCUCCGCCGACGACUUCCUGGGAGCCAUCGAGCUGGACCUGAACCGGUUCCCGCGGGGCGCCAAGACGGCCAAGCAGUGCACCAUGGAGAUGGCGACGGGGGACGUGGACGUGCCCCUGGUCUCCAUCUUCAAGCAGAAGCGCGUCAAAGGCUGGUGGCCCCUCCUGGCCCGCAAUGAGAAUGACGAGUUUGAGCUCACGGGCAAGGUGGAGGCCGAGUUGCAUCUACUCACUGCUGAGGAAGCGGAGAAGAAUCCAGUAGGCCUGGCCCGCAAUGAACCUGACCCCCUGGAGAAACCCAACCGGCCUGACACCGCCUUCGUCUGGUUCCUCAACCCCCUCAAGUCCAUCAAGUACCUCAUCUGCACGCGGUACAAGUGGCUGAUCAUCAAGAUCGUGCUGGCGCUGCUGGGGCUGCUGAUGCUGGCCCUCUUCCUCUACAGCCUCCCCGGCUACAUGGUCAAGAAGCUCCUAGGGGCGUGAGGCCCCCUGCGGCGCCCCUCCUGGGCCUGCACCUUUCCUCCUCCUCUGGCCUGGAGGCCUCGGUCCCAGGGCCCUUCAUCCUGCUGGCUGGGCUGGUGAUGCACAGCCCCCCCCCCACCCGCCUGUCCUCAGCACCCCAAGCCUGCUGCUGGCUCCGUCCUGCGCCUCUGGUCCUGGGCAGUGUGGGAAGGGGUGGGGGGCCUGCCCCGCUUGCUGAGGCUCCAGAGGAAUCCACCCCAAACCCUCCCAGGGCCUUCCAGGUGAGCACUGAAGCUUUAAUGAUAACUGAAAAUCCAGAAUUGCAUCAUGGGCCAGUGCCCAAGCUUUAGUGGCUCAGUGGUUAACGAAUCCAACUAGGAACCAUGAGGUCGUGGGUUCCAUCCCUGGCCUCACUCAGUGGGUUAAGGAUCUGACAUUGCCGUGAGCUGUGGUGUAGGUCGCAAACACGGCUCGGAUCCCAUGUUGCUGUGGCUGUGGUAUAGGCCGGUGGCUACAGCUUUGAUUAGACACCUAGCCUGGGAACCUCCAUAUGCUGCGGGUAUGGCCCUCAAAAGACAAAAAAAAAAAAAAAAAAAAGAACGAGCAAGAAGCAGCCUCCUCCCAUCCCCCAGACAUAAUCUUUCAAGGGCAGCUGACACCAGAUAGCUUGGUUCUGUGGAAGUGGGCCAGAUCCUUCCACCAGUCCUGGGGGGUGGCCAGCCGGCUCCCCGGGCUCCUCUGCUCUGCCCAGGCAGCCACUGAGUGCACAAGCCCAGUCCCUGCCCAGCCUGUGGGUGUCUGUCACUUCCCAGAGCUUCCUCAGCCCAGGCUCCCAGAGGACCAGUGAGCCUGAACACUAAUGGGCCCCACACCCGCCUCACCCCUGCAGGCCCGCCUUCCAGCCCUCAGGGGGCUGCCUGGAGUUUGCACUCCAAGUGCUGCCCCCUGCCGGCAUGAGCUGGGUUUCUCUUGGCUGUUUCUCCUUUGUUGAGUGGUGAUGUUUCUCUUAAUAAAAGAAAUCAAACACU